AUGUGCUACUGCUGCUCCCCUUGCUGCCAGCCAACUUGCUGCAGAACCACCUGUUGUAGGACCACCUGCUGCCAGCCCUCCUGCUGCGGGUCCAGCUGCUGCCAGCCUUGCUGUCAGAACACCUGCUGUGGGUCAGGCUGCUGCCAGCCUUGCUGCUGUCCAUCCUGCUGUGGGUCCAGCUGCUGCCAGCCUUGCUGCCGCCCAGUCUGUUGUCAGACCACCUGCUGUAGGACCACCUGCUGCCGCCCCAGCUGCUGCUGCAGCCCUUGCUGUGUUUCCAGCUGCUGCCGCCCUUCCUGUUGCUACUCCCCUUGCUGUCAGCCAACUUGCUGCAGAACCACCUGUUGUAGAACCACCUGCUGCCAGCCCACCUGCUGUGGCUCCAGCUGCUGCCAGCCUUGCUGCCGUCCAUCCUGCUGCGGGUCCAGCUGCUGCCAGCCUUGUUGUCAGAACACCUGCUGUGGGUCAGGCUGCUGCCAGCCUUGCUGCUGUCCAUCCUGCUGUGGGUCCAGCUGCUGCCAGCCGUGCUGCCGCCCCAGUUGCUGCUACACAACCUGCUGCCGGCCAGCUUGCAGUGGCCCCGUGUACUGCUCGAGAACCUGCUACCAACCAACGUGCUGCUGCGUGCCCGGUUGCCUAACCAAUAGCUGUGGGUCCAGCUGCUGCCAGCCUUGCUGCGGUCCAUCCUGCUGUGGGUCAGGCUGCUGCCAGCCUUGCUGUCGCCCAGUCUGCUGUCAGACCACCUGCUGUAGGACCACCUGCUGCCGCCCCGGCUGCUGCUGCAGCCCUUGCUGUCCAACUUGCUGCAGAACCACCUGUUGUAGGACCACCUGCUGCCAGCCCACCUGCUGUGGCUCCAGCUGCUGCCAGCCUUGCUGCUGCCCCAGUUGCUGCUACACAACCUGCUGCCGGCCAGCUUGCAGUGGCCCCGUGUACUGCUCAAGAACCUGCUACCAACCAACGUGCUGCUGCGUGCCCGGUUGCCUAGCCAAUAGCUGUGGAACCAGCUGCUGCCAGCCUUGCUGCCAGAACACCUGCUGUGGGUCCAGCUGCUGCCAGCCUUGCUGCCGCCCAGUCUGUUGUCAGACCACCUGCUGUAGGACCACCUGCUGCCGCCCCAGCUGCUGCUGCAGCCCUUGCUGUCUUUCCAGCUGCUGCCGCCCUUCCUGUUGCUAA